CUUACUCGGUCAACGAGAAGGACAGAGAUAAAAUAUCAAGUCGACGCCGGAACUUUUUCCGAACCGGGCGUAGCUUCAGCGAUACUCGCUCGGUCCACAUGUGAUUUCUUCACAUUCUGGCACCGGCACAUGUUCAUCCUCGAACUGAUACUGUUUCUAUUUCCCAAUCCUCUUUCUCCUCUGUCUUCCUUGUUAUCAUCGUCAAUAUCAGACACUCAACAUGCCUCCUCGUCCGGCUGCGUGCCGGAUCGCCGACGACGGUACAAUCCCCUCACUUCACCAACAGCAGAGUUCUUAUCGGUUUUAUCCCCGCGGGGAAGAGAACAGCAGAUUAAAAGAUUACUCAACCUGAGCUAGUAGAGUAGAGUCACCGCGAUCAGGUUUAUAAUCAUCUCCAGCGCCCUCUCCUCCUAUCAAAACAACUGACAAUUGACUUCUUCACGCUCAAUUGCACGGAUCGCUUUCUUUGAUUGAUACUCGCGAUGACGGAUUUUAGUAUUUCCAACCUUUUUGGCGUCGAGGGGAUGGUUUGCGUCAUUACCGGCGGCGGAACAGGCAUCGGCCUGAUGAUGGCCACCGCGCUCGAGCACAACGGCGCAAAAGUCUACAUCCUCGGCCGCCGCCUGGCCGUGCUCGAAAACUCCGCAAAGCUCUACGCCAAACACGGCAACCUGCACCCGCUCCAAUGCGACGUCACAUCCAAGCAGGACCUCAUCCGCGCGACCGAGCACAUCAAGGCCGCGGACGGCAAGGUCGACUUGCUGGUCGUGAACUCGGGCAUCAUGUCCCAGAAACUCAACGAUUUCUCGCCAGAGAUCAAGGCCGAUCCCGCAAAGCUCUCUGAGUUCUGGAUGCAGAAAUCAGAGCAGUCCUGGGCCGACACGUUCUCCGUCAACGUCACCUCCGUGUUCUUCACCACGGUUGCGUUCCUCGGCCUGCUCGACGCGAGCAAUCAAGCCCGCAAAGCCGCAAACGCGCUCGACAAGCCUACCGCCCAGGUCGUCGUCACCUCCUCGAUCGGCGGGUUCAUGCGCGUCACGCCCUUUGCCUUCACCUACAACGCCUCCAAGGCGGCCACCACCCAUCUCGCAAAGAUGAUGGCCACUUUCUUCAUCGAGUACGAUAUCCGCGUAAACAUCAUCACCCCGGGCAUGUAUCCUUCGCAAAUGACCGGAUCGCUCGAUACUGAGAGUAAUAAGGUCGCGCUCGAGCCUUUCCCGCCGACUGUUAUCCCGCUGCGCAGGGCGGGUGCUGAGGAGGAAAUGGGCGGCGCUAUCUUGUAUCUUGCGAGUAAGGCCGGUGGCUACAAUGCUGGCUCUGUUCUUGUUACCGAUGGCGGUAGACUUUGCAUCUUCCCUAAUACCUAUUAGUCUCCAGUACCUAUUAGUGUCUGAAGCGCCUAUUAGUCUUUGGCACGCCGAAAUCUACGAAUCGUUCAGCGCAAAUUGUUCAGAGAAAGGAAGAGUAACAU